CAGUGUUCCACUGCCAUCCAAUCAGAAAUCUGUUAACCUGUGCAAUAGUGGUUUGUUUUGCAGUAUCUUAUCCAAUCAGCUCACUGCCUCCUAAGAGAGCUUUAUAUAUUAUUCUGUGGCUUUUUAAUAUUGUGCAAAAAGGAAAUUCCAGAGAUCUGACCAGCAGGAAAAGUGGAAGAUAACAGAUAGACUUGGGAAAGUUAAUAAACAGAGAGGACGAGAUGAUACGACUCCAGGCAAGAAUUGCGCAACUAUUUUUCUUUUUUGUUUUGAAGCUGUUCUGGUCCCAAGUGAGUUCCCAGCAAUGCUCAUCUCAGUGCAGGUGUCCGACCGAGCCGCCUAUGUGCGCUCCCGGGGUUCAACUAAUACUGGAUGACUGCGCGUGCUGCCUGGUUUGUUCCCGGCAGCAAGGAGAAGCUUGCUCAGAGAGAAGCCCCUGCGACACACACAAAGCACUGCGCUGCGAUUACAGUGCUGAUCCGAGGAAGAGAGUAGGAGUCUGCAUGGCCUGGGAAGGAGACAUCUGUGUCUUUGAUGGCUCUGUCUAUCAGAAUGGUGAAACAUUCCAGCCUAGCUGCAAAUACCAGUGUGUCUGCAGGGACGGCCAGAUCAGCUGCGUGCCACGCUGCAACCUGGAUGUGCUGCUCCCAGGCCCAGACUGCCCCUUCCCCAGGAAAGUCCAACUUCCAGGAGAAUGCUGUGAGAAGUGGGUGUGUGACUCCAAGGCAGAAUCACCCCUUGGGGGUUUUGUGAUGGCAGCUUACAGACAGGAAGACACCUAUGGAGUUGACGUCUUUAAUCCCAGCAUUAACUGCAUUGAACAGACAACGGAAUGGGGCGCCUGCUCCAAGUCUUGUGGAAUGGGGGUGUCCACACGGGUCACCAACAGGAACCGUCGCUGUGAGAUGGGGAAGCAGAACCGCCUGUGCAUGGUCAGACCAUGUGAGAAGGAACAUCAGAAGCAGACAAGCAAGAAGGGGAAGAAGUGUUUCAGAACAAAGAAGACUAUGAAGCCAACGCACUUUGAGUUUAAGAACUGCACCAGUGUACAUGCCUACAAACCCAGGUACUGCGGCGUGUGCAGUGAUGGGAGGUGCUGUACCCCGCAUAGCACCAAAACUGUGCAGGUGGAAUUCCGGUGUCCCAGGGGCAAAACCAUCAAGAAGACAAUGAUGUUCAUCAAUACCUGUGCCUGCCAUAACAACUGCCCGAGGGACAACGCUGUCUUCCAAAUGUCAGACCCCAUGUUCAAUAGAUUCAAAAUAUAAGUAUUCUGCUACUUUUUUUUUUUUUUACAGGUGGUUAAUGAAUGUGGUUGUCAUUAUUCUAAAGGGAAAGUGUAUGAAAGCACAAUUACUUUAACAGUACAGUAGUGUCAAUCACACAUUGUAAUUCAGAAACUAUUAUUGUAAUAUUUAGAGCCAGUACUUGUAUACUGUAUUACAUAAUAUAGCCUCAUAAACUUAUUGUUACAUCAGAAACUUCUUAGUAAUCAGAUGCUUUGAAGCAAUAUAAGCUUAAAGGUCUAGCACACUAUUUUGCUUCUUUAGCUAUAACAGAACUUUAUGAUUUUAUUUAUAAUCAGAUACUGCUGCAAGUAAUCCAGUGGUUAAAGAACCAGGUUUAUAACCAGGAGGUCCCCAGUUCAAAUCCCACCUCAGCCACUGACUCAUUGUGUGACCCUGAGCAAGUCACUUAAGCUCCUUGUGCUCCGUCUUUCGGGUGAGACGUAGUUGUAAGUGACUCUGCAGCUGAUGCAUAGUUCACACACCCUAGUCUCUGUAAGUCGCCUUGGAUGAAGGCGUCUGCGAAAUAAACAAAUAAUAUAAUAAUAUAUGUGUCCCUCUAGAUGAAACCGGCUUUGAUUUAAAUGCUGGACCUCAAGGUUUUCCUUCUGACAAAGUAGACAGCUAGAAUAAUGCAGUAAACACAAGAGACCCACCAUUUACACUUUAGAUGAACCAUAUUGUGAAGCACUGCAGCUUUAAGCAAGAAAAAAAAAACAGAACGUUCUAAGACAAAAUAUGCAGAAUAUUGAUAAAAGACUCUGAGGACAGUUUGUUAAUUUCAUUUGCGGUGAUAGACAGUAUGGACUGCAAUGAAAAACUAGCAUGUUACUCAGACUGAAAGACUGUAAAUACUUGCUCUAUAUUUUUAUCCUGUUUACUGUGUGCGUAAGGGAGGGAGGGGGGGUUCCAUGAUGUGUAAGGAAUUUGUAAAUAGAAAAUGUAUAUAAUGUAUUUCACCCAAUGUGUAACAAGUAUGAUAAUGACAAGCAUGACUGCAGUUCCCAGUUAUAAAAUAUAUUUUUUUUAUGGAAAAUGUUUAUCUAUUAAUGUUUCUACCAGGUCUCUAGUGUACAUGUAUUUUAUCAUGUACAGUGAGUGGUGGUGGUGGUGUAACUGGCCUGGAUAACAAACACUCUGAAAGUGCAAGACAGAAAUCUACUGCAAGUUUCUAGCUUUUCAAAAACCCAAAUGCUGCCAGUUAUGAACCUUUGUAGUCUGAACUGCCGGACAAUUGUCUGUAACUGAAUUUCAUGUUCUAAAUGCAAAAUAGCUAAACAAGGUAUCUUCCUUGAGGAAAAAAAUCAUUGUAAGAUGAAAAAGAACAGGGUUAGUAAAAGAGAGUUUAGCAUGUUGUAAUGGUGGCUGUCUUCAACAGCCUAAAACAAAGAGUGAGCAUACUGUUGUUGCUGAAUGAAUAAAACACGUAUGAUAAUUAUUUUAUUCCUCUCUAAAAUAGGGCCUUACCUCUCAAAUCUAACACACUGACAACCAGUGUAAGCACGUAUUUAUAAAUGUUUAAGAAAAGUGAAAUAUCAAAAAAAAAAUCCUAUCUGACAAGUAUGUGUUGUAUUCAUAAUACAGCAUCAGAGAACUGUGCUUGGAAACACAGAAGACAUACAACUCUGGAUGACCUCAUUCUUAAACUUGUUUUUUACAAUCAUGUAUUAACCAUUUUAAUUAAAGGGAUGAGUAAUGCAACUGACUGUGCAAUGGGUGUGACUUUUGUUAACUGAGUUAUGAAAGCAUAACUUGAGGGGUCAGGACUAGCCAGUCACACUGAAAUGCCUUACAUUUUUCUUCUUU